AAAAAUAUACUUUUAAAAUUAAGGAAUUAAAUUGAAGGCUUAUAUAAAAUUAUCAGACUAAUUAUAUCUUUUAGCCAAUUUAUGAGAUUUCAAAGUUCAUAGCAUCAUCUUUGGUUCGAAGAAGAUGAGCCCAAUCAAGCAACCGAUCAGCCUGAAGUCACAGAACAAAAAUAACAUUCGAAACGUCAAAAAACCAAGAAGCGAAAAAGGGGCGGCGAGAGGUUGGUAGCGACGAAGAGGACGAAGGGGACAACGAAUCUUUACUCACAAACUAAGCUAUUCGGUAACCAUACCUUUUGCAAAAUCUUUCCUUUCUUCUUCCCCUCAUAGUUAAUUUCUAAAUAUGGCAGAAAAGAAAGCUGCAGAAUCGGGGCCUCGCACUCCCUCCACCACUGCACGUCAGUUGUUUGUCGGUUUUCCUCUGUGAGUACUACUAACCAUAAUUCCCAUUUCGAGUUCCCGCUAACCAUUCUGAUCAGGGGUCGAUGCUCGCGAGAAAAGGAAUUGCCUUUGUUUCAUGGUAUAAUCCACAUCUCUUGAGGAAACUCAGUUUUUGCUUUGAGGCCUACCACAAAAUUCCCAAUAAGGAGGAUGAAGCUAUAACUGAUUCAGUACCAGUUUCUGAUUUUUCCAGUAGCCUUCAUAAUCUCUCUCCAUUCUUCUCUGAUGGUAAAUUUCCUUCAAAUGGUUACAAUAUUGAGCUUGUGGAUCACGAUGCCUGGCGGGUCUCAUCAGGAGUAUCUCAAGCGUGGCAAGGGAGGGAACAGGGUGCACCAGAAGCAAGUUCUACAGGUCAGGAAGAAACUAAUGAACUCAUUGAUUCCAAUUCCUCCAAUGCCGAGGAUGAAGUUGAUUUUGAAGACAUUGAUAAUAUGAGAAUUCGUGGGAAUCUGUUCUACAAACUUGAAAAGAGUUCUAAGGAGUUUGAAGAAUAUAAUCUAGAGUUUCACAGGAAGAAAUCUUCAAAGAAAGGAGAUGGUGGAAAGGAAAAUUCUAAGAAAGAAACUAAGAAGGAAAAGAAAGCUAGCCAAAGUCCUAAAACUUCCAGAGUUCAAGAAGUCCAAACCACUAGAAGUGUUAAUAUGCCUCGGCUUCCUGAAGCUAGUGUUACUUCUGUGGAGAACAAGAAGCAGAGGACUCUUACUUUAAACCAGCUUACAGGUCCAUAUCAUGAGCCAUUUUGCUUGGAUAUAUUCAUAUCAAAAGCCUCUGUUCGUGCUUGUGUUGUUCAUAGGGUAACUAGCAAGGUUGUUGCUGUGGCUCAUUCUAUUUCGAAGGAUAUGAAGUUUGACUUCACUUCCACUAAGAACAAAAACACUUGUGCUGCUGUAGGGUCAUUACUAGCUCAAAGAGCAUUAGCUGAUGAUAUUCAUGAUGUGAUCUACACACCAAGGAAAGGAGAGAGGCUGGAGGGAAAGCUUCAGAUUGUUCUUCAAUCUAUCAUUGAUAAUGGGAUUAAUGUGAAGGUGAAAAUUAAACAAAGAAAGCCUCAGAAGGCUUUUCAAUCGCCUAUGAAGUAUUGACAUUGACACAGUAUAUAGAGCCGAUGUGGAAUUUUGAACUUUUAUUGGUGUGUACCAAAACAUGGAUGUUAGAUACAUUCCAACACAAAAAGGCUCAACUUUUGAAGUAUUGAUGCUUGGUAGUCAUUUGAUUGGCUCUCGUGGUUUUGUCUGAUGACCCACUUGGCUUUGUAUUAUGUCGAAGACAAAAGAUUUUAGUCGCUCUCAAAACCUAAUUGAUUGGCUUAUGGCGGUGGUUAUACAUCUAUGAAUGUGCAUAAUGUCAUUGUCAUAAGGGAUGCAAGGCUUCAAGCACCUUUUAAUCUUCUGUGUUUUGGAUUGUCAUUACUCUAAAAUGAGGUGCCAAAUAAUUCAUGUUUCCAUGGAAGCCUUCUGCCUAAUGGACUGGGAUUCCGAGCAGCAUCCAACUGUGGUCUCACAACGAGGGGAGAUUUUCUUAUGUUGAUUUUUGUCCCUGUAAACUGUCAACAAGUUUCAAUAUGCUUCACUGCUUCACUUGUAUGUCCUAAAACUUCUGAUGGAAUUUCACACGAUGAUUCAGUGUCCAUACUUUUUGUUCAUCUUUGCUAGAAGGCAUUUAUCAUCAAUGGUUUGGCUAUUACAAACUAUUCUGAUUCCAGUUGGGUGUUCUGGGAUUGAGAUCCUCAACGUGAGAGAGAGACUGACAUGAAAUUGAAGCAUGUAUAUAUAAUGCUUCUGGUUGGAACCUGUAUUUUCAGAGAAAUAGAAUUAUAUAAUGCUUCUUGGGAUGCCUAUCAGUUGGAGGGCAUAUAAUGAACAUGACAUAGCAUUU